AUGAAUUCUACCCGAUUUGAAAUCGAUAUAUUUGAUGGAAAAGGAGAUUAUGGAAGCUGGAAAAAGAAGAUGAGAGUGUUACUUUCUCAUCACAAAGUGCUUAUAGCACUUGAGUCAGAUGAUCGCAAAUGGUCCGCAGACCAGCUUGCGAGGACAGAAGAAAUCAGAGAGGAAGCCUUCAAUCUGAUCUUCCUCCACUUAUGUGAUAGUAUGAUCCGCAAAGUAGAUGGACUGGAAUUAAGGAAUAGUGAGCCUUCCACAUAUGAGGAGGCUGUCAGCUCCAAGGAAAGUGUAAAGUGGCAGCAGGCCAUGGAAGAGGAAAUUUGGAAAUCACAGCUGCAGCCUCUGAUUGCUCUGUCUUCCACUGAGGCUGAGUAUGUAGUAGUGACUAAUGUUGUUAAAGAGGCUGUGUGGCUUCAAGGUAUCCUUCAGGAAAUCCACCUGCUUCAAGGUAAGGCUAUGGUGUAUUCAGACAGUCAAAGUGCGAUUCACUUGACCAAAAAUCCAGUCUACCAUGAACGCACAAAGCACGUGGAUGUCAGGUAUCAUUAUGUUAGAGAUUUGGUUACUAAUGGCACUAUUUCUAUACUAAAAGUGCCUACAGAAAAUAACCCAGCUGAUAUGGGUACAAAGUUGCUAAUUGCAACAAAGUUCAAGCAUUUCUUGGACCUGUUGCAUGUGGGUAUUGGUUAA